GUGGCAUAUUUCAGACCGAUGGAGACGUGUGCGCGCAAGCAUGGGGAAGUACCAGAGAUCUGCUCACACACAAACACUCAUUCAGACUGAUGGAGAAGCGUGUGUGGCUUCAGCUUUGACCGUGAGUAAAACGCUGCAGUGUGUUGUCCGAAGUAGGACAACAUGAUCCUGGAAAGGUCAUCAUUACCUGUAGGGAAGGAGUCUAUGAUCAGCUGAUAUCACAUCAAUCUCAACCAAGACCAGGUGGAACAAUGCCAAACUCUGCCCUGUUACCACCACUUCCACCAAUAACAGCUCUGAACUGUUCCUCGGACCCAUCAAAUUGCUCACUCGCCAACCUCUCCUCAAUCGCUUACAGCGAUGAGUGCUAUGGCAGCUAUUCUUUGUUCAUUGUCAUGGCGAUUGCCUACAGUGCUGUGGUGCUGUUGGGUGUUGUGGGCAACCUGGCUCUCAUCCUUGUCAUUGCACGGCAACGGGAACUUCACAAUGUAACAAAUGUCCUAAUCGCAAACCUCUCUGUUUCCGACCUGCUGAUGUCCCUGGUGUGUCUGCCGUUCACCUUCAUUUACACCUUCAUGGAUCACUGGGUGUUCGGUGCGGUCAUGUGUAAACUCAACAGUCUAGUUCAGUGCUGCUCCGUCUCAGUGUCCAUCUUCUCAUUGGUCCUGAUUGCUUUUGAGAGACACCAGCUCAUCCUCCACCCUCGAGGAUGGAGACCCAGCCUGAACCACGCCUGCCUGGGCAUCAGUCUCACCUGGGCCCUGGCCACUCUUACUGCCACACCCUUUCUGUUGUUCUCCAGGGUGACAGACACCCCACUGAAACAGCUGCCUUCAGUGUUUCAGGAGCAGUACAGGGGAAAGGAGGUGUGUGUGGAGGAGUGGCCAUCCAGAGAACUCAAGCUCACCUACACUACUGCCAUGCUGGUACUGCAGUACAUCACUCCUCUCACUUUCAUCUUCAUCUGUUACAUGAAGAUCUACACCCGUCUACAGCGGCGGAAUAACAUGAUGGACAGAAUGCGUGAAAACAAAUACCGGAGCAUUGAGAAUAAGCGUAUAAACAUCAUGCUCUUUUCCAUUGUUGUGGCUUUCGCUGUUUGUUGGCUCCCGUUAAACGUCUUUAACGCCGUCAUCGACUGGAACCAUGAAGUCGCCAUGAACUGCACCCACAAUCUUUUGUUCUCACUGUGUCACUUGUCUGCGAUGUGCUCUGUCUGCAUAAACCCUGUGUUCUACGGGUUCUUGAACCGCAAUUUCCAGCGUGACCUACGGGCCUUCCGACUGUGCAAGAUUAUGUCAGCACAAGAGAAUGAAUACGACAUGGUUGCCAUGUCCACUAUGCACACAGAUGUAUCCAAGAUGUCGAUAAACAUUAGUAGCCUAGAUCUCUAGCCUAGUAAAUUUUAGUAUACACAGUAGUCUUGUCUGUUUUAGGAAAUACACUUGAUAAAACCUCUCAUAAGAUUUACUUUUAAAUAAAAAUUGUGCAUUUAGAGUAAGAGUGAUUUUCAGGUCCCUGCUGCAUGCCAAACAUAACAAUUUCUGUUUACAGUGCUGUUUUACGAUGUGUGUUCACAAAGGUUAUGUACAAGAUUUGAGUAAAUUAUAUGCAGCAAUGUGCAGUAAGAUAUCAUAAAAUUGUACAUACUGUAAAAAGUCAAAUGAGAUUGCUGGAUACAUUCCUUGCAAACAUUUAAUGCCCUGCACCAAUUAGGGCUGCUUGGGGCAAAGCAAGAAGCCGAAGACACAACGAAAAUCCUGAGCUUUGAUCACUCUAAUAAAAUCCUCCUGCUGUGUUCUCUGUUUGACUUCAUUGAUGAAUACAUGAAGAAACAAAGCAAAUGAAUGCAAAGCCCAAGAGGUCAUGAAUUUCAAGAUGGAUUUUAAUGUAUAAUUAAUGUCAGAUGCGACUUUACGAGAACAUUUUAUGUUAUGUUUCCGAACUGAAUUACAAUUCUUUGAGUUCUGAGUGAUGAAAACAAAACUGAAUAUAUUUUCUUCUUUAUCCCUUGACAAACCAAGUCUGCAUAAAGUAAAGGCCUGUUCUUGUAAUAUAAACCAUUUUAUUUUAUUCAAGUGUUGUCACAUGAGCUAUUGUAAAAAAAAUAAAUACAAAAAAACACAGCUGUUU